AUGUCUAUCUAUGGGAAAGUGCCAGUUUUCGAUUGCAAAACGGAUGAGUGGGUGGUACACGUAGCACAACUAAACAACUUCUUUAUUGCAAAUGGAAUCGACGAUAUCACAGAUGCUCAAAGAGUGAGAAGACGGGCAAUUUUAUUGAAUAGCAUGUCACAAGACUCAUAUCGUCUUACUCGUGAUUUAUUGUAUCCAAAUACGCCUGAAUCAACCGAUUACAAGGCGAUUAUUGCUGCGCUUGACGGCCACUUCGACCCAAAAAAGUGUAUAUACGCUGAAAGACAAAAGUUUUAUUCGGCUAAAAAGGACCCUCACGAGUCGAUGGUGGAGUAUGCUGCUCGUCUUCGUGGACUAGCAUCGGCAUGUUGUUUUGGUAUAGCUCUAGAGAUGUGUUUGACGGAUCGUUUUGUACUUGGUCUUGACACUGCGUCGGCCCGAGAAAAAUUAUUUAGAGAAGAUCCCAAUCAGCUAAAACUAAAUAAGGCACUUGAAGUAGCUUGUGCAGUUGAAAGUGCGCAGCGUAUUGUUUCCGCUGGCGAUUCGGCAGAGUUAAUUAAGUCUGAACCUGUGCUAUAUACGGACUCGCAGCGAAAAGCUACUGCAAGCGGCGGUACACGAGGCGGUCGCGCCCGUGGUGGCGGCGACGGCGGAGCCCCCAGGUGUAGUGUGUGUGGUGCGAGGUCACACGAUACCUCCGUAUGUGGCUAUCGUCAUCUGUCGUGCAAUUUGUGUGGUGCAAAAGGGCAUUUAAAAAGAAUGUGUUCUAAGAGAUACUACGUACAUAACGAGAUUACAACCAAAAAGGACAAAAUUGUGAAAAAGCAGCAUAAUGGUAUGCAGAAUAAUUACAUUUUGGAAGGUAGUGAUAGGGACGAAUGUAAUGAUUUUUCACCAAUUAAUAAUGUUAGAGAUAUAAAUAAUGAAUCACGUAUUAAUACUAUUUUAUGUAAGGAAGAAAAACCGAUAUCUCUUGAAGUUAUAGUGCGAGGUGUUACUCUUAGUAUGGAGGUUGAUUCCGGUAGUGGGGUAUCAGCGCUGCCGGCGCGCAUAUGGUAUAUGUAUUUCUCGCGGAACUUGUCACUCGGUGAGUCCAAUAAAACUUUAUAUACAUACAGUGGUUCUGCUUUAAGGCUAUUGGGCAUGUGUUACUUACCAGUCACAUAUAAUAAUGUAACGCAUAAUAUAAAAUUUUAUGUUGUUGAAAAUGGCCCGGUUCCCUUGCUCGGUAGGGACUUUAUGACAAAAUUUAAUUUCGCUUUUAUCUCAUUAAAUUAUUGUUCAGUAGAUAAAGAAAAAUUUAUUUUGUCGAAAUAUAAAACAUUAUUUUCUGGUGGGUUGGGCACGUUUAAUAAGUAUAAGUUAACGCUACACUUAAAAGAAGGUGUCACACCAAAAUUUUUUAAAGCUAGGCCGGUGCCUUUUGCGCUCAAAGAUAAGGUAAGCGCAGAGUUGGACCGAUUAGUGCGCGCUGGCAUACUCAAACCGGUUUCUUAUUCUAAUUACGCGUCACCGAUUGUUGCAGUAUUAAAGAAAAAUAAUGACGUACGUAUUUGCGGCGAUUAUUCCAUGACGAUCAAUAAGGCCCUAAUAAUUGACUCUUAUCCAUUGCCCAAAAUAAGUGAGUUAUGUGCAUCGUUACACGAUUGUCGUUACUUUAGUAGGCUUGAUUUAUCAAAUAGUUAUAAUCAGUUCCUUCUAGAUGAUGAGUCACAAAAAUAUACAUGUAUCAAUACGCAUAAAGGUCUUUUUGUUUAUACAAGAUUAGUGUUCGGUUUGUCAAAUGCGCCAGCUUUGUUCCAGCGUGCUAUGGUGCAACUGCUGCAGGGCAUAGAUGGCGUGGAGUGUUUCCUCGACGACUUGUUAAUCGCGGCUCCGACCGCCGAAUUACAUUGGGAACGUGUCGAUUUGGUACUAAGUCGUCUAAGAGACGCCGGGCUAAUGCUCCAGCGCUCGAAAUGUUCAUUCUUCCAAAAUAAAAUAGAAUAUUUGGGUUUUGUUAUUGAUCGUUUUGGCCUUCAUAAAAAUCCGGAUAAAAUAAAGGCUAUUACACAAGCAAGGGUGCCAGGAAACGUCCGACAAUUAAAAUCAUUUUUGGGUUUAGUUAACUUUUACCGUAGCUUUAUACCGCAAGCGGCGGAUACGGCGCACGUAGAUGACGUCACCAGUUAUGUUAACGCGCUAGCGGCUGCUGGCGCGCCACUGCCCGCUUCAUUAGACGAGCUGCGGGCCGCUUUUCAUAAAGAUAAAGUUCUGUCACUUGUCAUGCAAUAUGUGACCAAAUCGUGGCCACGGAAAGUGUCAUCAGAACUUUUGCCAUAUAAUAGAUGCCAGCAUGAAUUAUAUGUUGAUAGCGGAGUUCUCAUGAGAGGUCACAGAAUUGUAGUGCCUACUGUUUAUAGGGCUGCUGUGCUACAAGAACUGCAUGCUGCGCACUUAGGAGUAAUUAAAAUGAAAAUGAUUGCUAGAGAACGCUGUUGGUACCCGGGUAUCGACAGCGACAUAGAAAACAUGGUUUCUAACUGUGGUCGUUGCAUAUCCUUGCGACCAUCUCCUGCGAAAGCGCGCUUGGAGUCGUGGGGGUGGCCUGACUCUGUUUUCGGAAGAAUCCAUUUAGAUUACCUCGGCCCAAUUCAUGGGAAGAUUUUUUUUGUACUAGUCGAUGCGCAUAGUAAAUGGAUUGAAUGCGAAUUAAUGUCAAAUUUUUUAUCAAAAGAACUUAUCAAUAAAUUAAAAAAAAUUUUUUCACGUUUCGGCAUUCCCAAUAAAAUAGUCACAGACAAUGCCAAAACCUUUGUUUCGUCUGAAUUUUCUAAGUACUGUACUGAUAAUGGCAUAACUCACAUUUUAUCUCCUGCGUACUCGCCACAGAGUAAUGGACUCGCCGAGAACGCAGUAAAGACUUGUAAGCGGUUUAUUGUGAAUGCUAUCAAGGAUUGUGGUUUUAAAGACUUCGCUAAUCACUUAGAUAACUAUUUGUUUCACUAUCGGAAUACACCGCAUUGUACGACGGGAGUAUCACCUGCAUCGCUUAUGUUCGGUCGGAAUUUACGUUGUAAACUUGAUUUAAUCGCUGUUAAGCAUUCAAAUUUAGAUCGAAAACCUCUAAUACAUAAAAAUGUGUUAGUGAAUCAAAAUCGUCAAAAAUUAUAUUUUGGUGGUAAAAUUAAAGCAUUUUCGAUUGGGGAGAAAGUUUGGGUACGAGACUAUCGAGCCAAUCCCAAAAGACCAACAUGGAUCCUUGGCCAGGUCGUUGCACGCUUAGGUAAAGUUCUAUAUGAUGUGACGAUACAGAGAUCCGAUAUCAUUUGGAGACGUCAUGUGAAUCAGUUAAUGUCAGCCAAAUCACAUAACAGCAGUCGUGGUGAAGCGGCGUGGACGUUUGAGGAUAUGGACGUUGGGAGCACGGCAGGUCCCAGUGCCUCUCAUGAUACACCUGCAUCAUUACCUCUCAAUAGCCCAGAGGGUGCGCUAGCCGCACAACCACCGGGACCUGACGGCGGUGAGGCGGCACCGGUGCUGACUCACGCGGAGUCUGACAUGGGAGACGUGUCCCCACCGCCUCAAACCUCCACGACCAUGCGCACUCGAUCUGGCCGCGCUAUUAAACCACCUAAACGCUUAGUUUUAUAA